GAUGAAAAUCUCCACAGGUGUCCUCUCCUUCCUCAUCCUUGCUGCUGCCCUUGGAUCCCAGGCCCGGGUCAUACAUGAUAAAGAGGCAACAGAACUCAUGAUACCAAGUCUUCAACAUGAGCCUCCAAUAAUUAAUGAAGGCUUUCACCGUCCUGCUGACUGCUGCCUCUCCUAUACCCCACGAAGCAUCCGGUGUUUUUUCAUGACAGACUAUUUUGAAACAAGCAGUGGGUGCUCCCAGCCAGGUGUCAUCUUUCUGACCAGAAAGGGGCAACGUGUCUGUGCCAACCCCAGUAAUGUGGGAGUUCAGGAAUGCAUGAAGAACCUGAAGCUGGACCCAGUGACCUAG